CGCGUUCGUUCAAAUGUGUAAGUGAAGACGAAUGUGUUCUGGAUACCGAUGUUUUACUAAGACUUGGAAUUACGAUACUUUGCUGAAUUAUUACUAAGAUGACAUAUGGCAAGUGGUACAAAUGACGAAAAGAGGUACCACACGAACUGAUUAACAACAUUCAAAGGGAUUCGUUACGUAUUUAUCUGAAAAUUGUGUAGCUGUUUUUGUUUACGUUGGGUCUCGACUUUCAACAACCAGUGAUCUGUAAGAGGUCAAGGUAAUAUGGCUGUCCCCAGCGUCUUGGGGGACUGCAUCGAGGACUACCAGGUUCUUCAUCUGCUUGGGAAAGGUGGGUUCGCCUGUGUGUACAGGGCCCGUUCUUUGAGUUCAGGACUUGAGGUGGCUAUCAAAAUGAUUGAUAAAAAGAUGAUGCAUGCUGCAGGCAUGGUAUCCAGAGUACGAAAUGAAGUGGAGAUCCAUUGCCAGCUCAAACAUCCUUCCAUAUUAGAGCUUUAUAACUGUUUUGAAGACAACAACUAUGUGUAUCUGGUGCUUGAGAUGUGCCACAAAGGAGAACUCAAUAAGUAUCUAAAGUCACACAAUAAAAUAUUCUCUGAAGAUAAAGCACAACAUUUUCUACGCCAAAUAAUUCUGGGUUUGCUGUACUUACACUCCCAUGGUAUAUUACACAGAGACUUGACUCUGGCUAAUGUGUUACUGACAGACCACAUGGAACCAAAAAUUGCUGAUUUUGGUUUAGCAACGCAAUUGAAUUUCCCCACUGAUAAACACUUUACCAUGUGUGGAACUCCAAACUAUAUUUCACCAGAAAUCGCCACAAGAAGUGCACAUGGUUUAGAAUCUGAUGUCUGGUCAUUAGGAUGUAUGCUGUACACCUUCCUAGUAGGAAGACCUCCUUUUGAUUCUGAUGCAGUAAAAAGUACAUUAAAUAAAGUUGUACUAGCGGAGUAUGAAGUACCAGAUUAUGUGUCAGAUGAAGCCAAAGACUUGAUUUUCAAAAUGUUGAAAAAGAAUCCUAAUGAUAGGAUAACUCUCUCAGGUAUCCUUGAUCAUCCAUUUAUGAUAAAAUCAGAAUCUUCUAAAAUAGAAGAUCAGAAAACUAAAAUGAAUGGAGUUCAGAAUUUGAAAACAAUUGACAUGUCUGUUGACAGUGGUCAUGCUACUAUGGCAACCGUAUCCACUGGUAUCAAUGUUCCUCGUCAGCCGUCUCGUACCAGACCACUGAAAGCUUUUAGUCAGGGUAAUUUAACACCAGUGACAUCAGAGAGUGAGAAACCUUCAUAUUUUAGCAAAGCAACUACCUCAGAUAGUAUGAGUAAAGUGAAUUCUAAACAAUAUGAAAUGUGGCCUGCAGUUAAAAAGCAUUCUCAAUCAUCUAAUGACAACAGAAGAACAGGGUCCUGUAACUGCAGUCAGAGUGGUUCAGGCAAUCAUGUGCAGUCGUCCUGUCAACAUCAUGCAAACGUCUCAUCACAAGAUGUCAGGAGGAAAAAUAAUAGUUGGUUGGAUGGUGAUAGAAAAGCAGCAACACAACCUGCCUCUGGUGUUCGUGGAAGCCACUCAGUGACACAAAAUAUUUAUACCUCAACUUCAGCAAAUGAUCACAGUUAUAAGUGCAAGACGAGUCAUUACAGUGAAAUUAAAGAAAACGGAACUGGAGAUCACAGGAGAUCACACAAAUACAAUAACACUGGCAGUAGUAGUGUAUUACAUGAACAAUCGAGAAAUGCUACAACAAAUACGAGUAGCAGCGGUUACGUUGGUUCCAGCCUUGAAACUACUGACAAUCAUGACAAUACCGAUGAAUAUAGCUCUGUAGAUGUCUCAAAAUAUUCCCGUGGUACUGUCAACGGAAAGGAGAAUUCUACGUAUCAAAACUGUGACAGGACUGUGAAAAGCUAUAGUAAUAUGUAUGGGAACGAAACCAGACUCCCUAGUGGAGUGAAUGCGAGUGAAACUAGACACCCUAACUCUGUGUGUAAUGAGAACAGACUCCCUAGCACCUCAGGAAUAAAAACUGAUCAUUAUAGAUAUAGGGAAUGUAAAGAAGAAGGUCGAGUUGAAAGACAGGAGCACAGUACUAUGACAAGGAAUAGUAAAGAGCAGCUUGCAGAGGCCAGGAUAGAAGGACGUCAUGUACACACAUCUAAACAUGAAGUAAGGGAAGGAUUACAUGCUGAUAGUAACAGUGCCAAAACAUUAAAAGAUGUCAUAUCACCUCUGAAAGCACAGCGCUUAAGACCUUUCAGGCAAAGAACAAGAAAUGCAGUGGUGAGUAUAAGCUGCUUAAAUUUGACACAAUACAGGCAGUAA